AUGUCAGGCAAUCGAGGACGGUCCGAUCCCCCCAGGGAGCACACUCUCCCGCGACUAUCCCAGCAACCCAGCCAUCACCGGACUUACCAGCAGCCGUCAUUCCGCGCUGAAACUGGCAUCCCAGCACGUAUGACUACGAGUACACACAUUAUGCCUGUGGUCGGAUCCUGGACAGCCGAAGUUCCUGUGCCUCCGUAUACUCAUCCUGGAAGCACCGGCGGGUCGUUCGGCGUUCCCCGCAACCCCCCAGAUCAUAACCCAGGAGUCCAGCUGCCUACUAUCAAUGGUCGAAGCCGUCUGCCCCCUCUGUCAGAAGGAAAUAGACAUUCGUCUACACAGAGCCAGGGCGGCAGGUCUCGCAGUGGAACGCCUCAGUCUCCGGGGUCUGCCAGGUCCAGAGCAGAAAGUGGAACUCCGGCGCCGCAGCGUCAUGUCGACGAGUUCAGGUCGGGAAGACAGUUAAGACCACCUCCUUGUCUGACGGCGGAUGAUCCUACUGGAGCAGGGCCAGUUAGGAUGCCUCGUCAUCAACCUGCACAGCUUGACGUUCAAAGACUAUUGCGAGGUGAACGUGUUCCACCGAGACAGGUGAAGCCGCCGCGGAAGCCUAGUCACAAGUAG